AAAUAAAGUCGGUUCACAAUUGGCUUAGGUACCAUUGCACGCCUGCCAGUCACAGCUAUCCUGGCGUUCCGAUCGCACGCAAAGGAUUAUCGCAAUCCUGGAGCGAGGAGGACUUUUUUAUCUGUGAUGUGAAAGUUUACGCUACAAUCCCAUUUAUAACCUCAAAACUUGCCGUCCGCCCAGUAUGACAAGAACUGUUGAUCAGAAGAUAAAAAUUACAAUGUUUUUAUGCAAUGAAAGUGACAAUUGUUUGUUUUGAAUCGAUGUUUAGUUAUGAAACUGCCUACUUGGAUACGAGAACCAGAGAUGGUACCCUCCAAUGAUCUCCAAUAAACCAACCGACUCAACAUCAAAGAUGAUCACCAACUAUGAUCAAACACAAAAUCACGAACGCGUGACCUGACUUCAGGUGCUUUAUACCCUUAAAGUUAAGACAAAAAUAUGACUGAAGAUUCGUCCUCCUAUGAAAUGCAAAUAAGGAAAGAUGACGGGCAAAAGGAGACAAAAGCAAAGCCUGGCCUAUCAGCUGGCAAGAUAUUCUACAAACCUGGUGUUAUUGAAGAGGAGACGGAUGAGACGAGCGUACUAGAUAGCUCGGUUAUGGAGUCACCCAUGUUAGGAGUGGGUUAUGGUGGCAGCGGGUUCUUGAGGCCACCUCUGCAGCAGACCAGCAGUCUUCACAGGAUACCAACGUAUAGCAGCUCUAUUGGACAUAGUACUGUGUACAGGCAUGAUUGCAGGAGCCGCUCGCAUCGACACGGCGCUUCUAGAAGAACGAGACGAAGGGCGAUCCUCAAAAAUGGCGAAUGCAAUAUUCUCAAGUCACGGAUCUCACAGCGGCGUUUGCGGUUCCUUCAGGAUAUGUUCACGACACUCGUGGACGCGCAGUGGAGGUGGACUUUACUGGUGUUUACGCUCUCCUUCAUUUUGUCCUGGCUGGGAUUCGCUCUUAUUUGGUGGCUGAUUGCAUUCACCCAUGGAGAUCUGGAACUGGAUCAUCUACCGCCUAUGCAAGAAAGCAACGGUUGGAAACCUUGUGUCUUUAACAUCUUCGAUUUCACAUCAUGCUUCUUGUUCAGUAUUGAAACGCAACACACCAUCGGUUAUGGCGCCCGUACGACUACGGAGGAAUGUCCUGAGGCGAUAUUUAUUAUGUGCUUACAGAGUAUAGUGGGUGUUAUGAUUCAAGCGUUCAUGGUGGGAAUUGUGUUCGCCAAAAUGACGAGACCCAAACACAGGACACAAACACUUUUGUUCUCGAAACACGCUGUAGUCUGCCAGAGAGACGGUGAAUUAAGUCUAAUGUUUAGAGUCGGCGACCUGAGGAAGUCACAUAUCAUCGGUGCCAGCGUAAGGGCCCAAUUAAUUCGCUCCAGGACAACAAAGGAAGGAGAACUUUUGUCGCAUUAUCAAACAGAAUUAGAGCUGAAUGCUGACGGUUGUGAUAGUAAUCUUUUCUUCAUCUGGCCGAUAACGAUGGUGCAUCGGAUAAACGCGAACAGUCCUUUCUAUGGAGUGUCAGCUGCGGAUGUACUUCAAGAAAAGUUCGAGAUCGUAGUUAUUUUAGAGGGAACAAUCGAAUCGACGGGUCAAACGACGCAAGCGCGCUCUAGUUAUACGACAAGUGAAAUAAUGUGGGGACACAGAUUUGUGCCGUUAGUGACAUACAAUCGUGAACGUCAGGGAUACGAAGUAGAUUAUUCUAAAUUCGAGGAGACCACUCAGGUCGACACGCCAUUGUGUUCCGCCAAGGAACUAGACGAGUUCUACGGAAACCAAGCUGAUCGCAGAUCUAUCGAGAGCACGGAACACUUGGUGCUAAAGAUGCCCGAACGCCCCGCCCGCCCAGACAGCCCCGCGCCGCCGCCCAAAGCCGAACAGAAGAACGGUGACUUCACUGUCACAUUGUAGAAAGAGGUUUCAUACCACGAUAGCAUGGCGUUGAAGUACGGUUUCAAUAUCUAGUAAUGCUACGAUAGGUAACACAUAGGGCGAUGCCUUAUUAGUGCGUUGCGUUGCGCCGUCGCAAUGGAUCAUUGUAUGCUACACCUGCGUUGCACAAACCCAGUCAGUACCAAAAAUGAGCACAUUGUCCGUUGAAACGUCACCUGUGUCGAAGCAAAGCUUAAUUGUGGCAUGUAAUUUAAAAUAUAUAGAAAACGACGCAACGCACUGAUGGGGAUUCGCUCUUGUUCGUAGUUCGGAGGCCAUAUUUCACUUAUGAUUGGUGUAAUAAUGCAUGCCAGAAUUCGGGUAAAUGUAAAAAUAUGGGUAGUUAAAUGACUAUUUGUGUGAAGUUGCUAUACUUACUAGCUACCGACUGAAAUUUUUGAUGGAAAACUGAUAACUCAAAACAAAACAGUAAGUAUAGUUUAAUGGUUUACAUACAACAAAUGUAUAAUUUUGGUUUCUAAGUCACAAAAGUACCUAUAUGAAAAUGUAAUUCCAUAUUUUUAAUGGUAGUCCACUUUUGGUUCAGUUAAUGUAGUUCACUACCAAUAAUAUAACUAAAUAUGGAUUGCAUAAAGUAAUAGUUAAUUAACUGUUAAUUCAAAAAUAAUACAAAUAUUUUAAUUUUUAUAACUAUUAAGACCGAGCUAGAUACAGUGUUAUAGAUCCAAAUGUUUGCAUUUUCUCAAUUGAUUUAUUUUUGCUAGUCACACUAAAAAGUAAUUAAUUAUUUAUAGAAUUAUUCCUCCAUAUAAUAAUAUACCCUCCCUAGUGAAGAAAGAAAGUGUUUGUGAUUGUUUUAAAAGGUUGUGCAAAAUACUAAAACGCAUUCCAAAAUAUUUUUGUAUGAGAAUUUUUAGCUAAUUAUUUUAAUAUGAUAAUAGGUAAAAUGUAAAGUAUUUUUAGAAUCUCGUUUGAAGAAAUAUUUUUAAAACAAAUGAAUCUUAUAUGAAAUCAAAAUGUACCUAUUGUCUUCCUGAAGGAUGUGUAUUUUAAAUUAAUCACUGCUAACAUUCCAUUAUAUAUUUUAAUUAUACAAUAUUCGAAUAUCAGAUGUAUAUUUAGGUAUAAGCUUACGUGUAUAAUAAAUAUUUAGAAUGUCAUCAAAAUACCGUAAUGGUCUAAGACCCGGCAUCAGAAAUAUAUACUCUCAUCAGUUAUUUAUUAGUGAUAAGAAAUAAAUGAUAGAUAAUAUUCACAGUGCGUAGUUAAAUAGCGUCCAUGUCCAGAUACAUAUUACAUCAAAUCUAAGAAACCGUGAACUAGAUAAAAGGUAAUUAAUACAGAAUUACAUUGAGCUUAAAAUGAGCUUUCAUUUUACAGAUUAGACGAUUACAUAAUUGAUGAGGGUAUAUUAUAUAAAUAAUAUUUACUUACCUAUGUUUAUAUCUGGAAACCUCUUAGUUGUAAUGGUGAAAGAAGGCAACCUUUUUUUAAUUGUUUUAACUAGUGCACGGUUUCUUUAAUUAACCAAUGAGGGAAGUAGAUAAAAUAAAUUUAAUUAAAAAUGUAAUCUUUUGAUAUUGUCCAACCGCUAUUUAACUAGGUAACCUAUUUGAAAUGUGGUCAAUGUCCAUCAUUUAUUUCUUAUCCCUAGUAAAUAACAGAUGAGGGUGUAUAUUUCUUAUGCCGGAUCUCGUACUAUAAGUUACCAUUCUCGUGUUGUUAUGAAAGAAUAUUAUGUAAAAUCUCAUAUUAUAUUUAACUAUUUUGUCAUGUUGGCAUUAUUGUUAUCAAUAUUUGUUUUAUUGUAACAAUGUGUAUGUCAUCAUAAUAUACAAGAGAUAGCGAUCACAGUGUAUAUGAAUAAAUCCCCUUCGAUGUAAAUAUUGAAUGAAUAAUUUAUGUUGUUGCGUU